GCAGGACGCCUCAAUAGCAGCAGAUGGCAGAUAAGUAGGAAUGGAGCUGAGCAGAAGCCAGCCGUUGCCAACGUGGAAAUUGGCAGAUGAUCAGAAUGCAAAGAAUCAGAGACAGCCAUUGUUUAAUGAUGAUGACGACGAUGACAACAACAACAACAACAACAGUUUAGAAAACCAAUCCUGGCCUAAUGAAAAUUUUAACCUCUAGCCAACUAAUCUGAUGAUGUUAUGGACUUUUUAGAGAGACUCUGCAGGGACUGUUUCAUUGCAAAAGGAUGUGUGUGCAGAGGAAAGGAAAGGAAGAGCAGGAGGGAGAAAUAGACAUAAAGACAGUUCCCGCCACCACCACCCCGCCAUCACUCUGCUAAAUACCUAAUUCACAUAUCACUUGUCUUAUGCCGAAGGAUAUCUAACCAUGUAGCAGGACUGUAUUAUUAUUCUUUUAUCUUUCGUAUUACCUACUCCUAUUGGCAUCUUAUCACUAUGACUUUGUUGGUUGAAUGUUAUGUUGGAUUCUGGAUGGGGAGAAACAGACUCAAGCUCAAUCCCUCCAAGACGGAGUGGCUGUGGAUGCCGGCACCCCGGCACAGUCAGCUGCAGCCGCAGCUGGCUGUGGGGGGCGAGUUAUUGGCCCCAACGGAGAGGGUGCGCAACUUGGGUGUCCUCUUGGAUGGGCGACUGUCGUUUGACGAUCAUUUGGCGGCCGUCUCCAAGAGGGCCUUCCACCAAGUACGCUUGGUGCGCCAGUUGCGCCCCUUUCUUGACCGGGAUGCCUUAUGCACGGUCACUCAUGCCCUUGUCACUUCCCGCUUGGACUAUUGCAAUGCUCUCUACAUGGGGCUGCCCUUGAAGUGCACCCGGAGGCUGCAGUUAGUCCAGAAUGCAGCUGCGCGGGUAAUAGUGGGAGCAACUCGUUGCUCCCAUGUAACACCAAUCCUGCGUAGUUUGCACUGGCUUCCUGUGGUCUUUUGGGUGCGCUUCAAGAUUCUGGUUACCACCUUUAAAGCGCUCCAUGGCUUAGGACCCGGGUACUUACGGGACCGCCUGCUGUUACCUUUUGCCUCCCACCGACCCAUACGCUCACACAGAGAGGGCCUUCUCAGGGUGCCGUCCGCCAAGCAAUGUCGGCUGGCGGCCCCCAGGGGAAGGGCCUUCUCUGUUGGAGCUCCUACGCUCUGGAAUGAACUUCCCCCUGGUUUACGUCAAGUGCCUGAUCUUCGGACUUUUCGCCGUGAGCUGAAAAUGCACCUAUUUAUUCAAGUGGGACUGGAUUGAAAUUUUAUUGGGGUUAUUUAUAUUUUAAGAUUUUAAAUUGUUUUAAUUAUUUCGGCCACAUUAUAAUAUGUUUUUUUAAUUUCUUUUAAUGUUUAUAUAGUAUUUUUACUUGGCUGUACACCGCCCUGAGUCCUUCGGGAGAAGGGCGGUAUAAAAAUCGAAAUAAAUAAAUAAAUAAAUAAAUAAAUAAAUAAAUAAAUAAAUA